AUGAGUGAUUCAAAAUCUUUUGUUAAUUUCUCUUGCCAACGAUGUCUACAGCCUUUGAAACUAGAUGAAUCAUUAAACAAUCUCGGUGAACACACCAUUGCUGACCUAACACUGCAGAUACGUAGAAAUAAUGAAGCAGAUUUGGAUUUACAGUCGUCAAGCUUGGAACAUUAUGUUCCACCUUUCCGUAUGUCAGAAUCAGGUAAUGGGGCCAAUGGUUUUAUGGUUAUCUCGGACGGUUGGGAAACCACAUCGAUAGGCCAUCAAUUGCAUGUUAAAGCGACACUUUUUGAUCUAUUAUCAAAUAAUUCUGAUGUCGAUCAUCCUUUAUGUGACGAAUGUACUGACACGCUCUUAGAAUUAAUGGACAAUCAACUUAGACUUACUGAAGCUGAAUGGAAAGAUUAUAGUGACUACUUGAAAAAAUUGGAGGACGAUAAAGAAGAUUUGAACUUGGAAGGUUUAGAAAAGGAGUUGGAAGAUUGGAAACAAGAACAAAGUAGGCUAUUACAAGAAUUAUCAGCUUUACAGAAAGAGGAAAAGGCAAUGAAAGAUGAGAUAGAGGUACAAGAAAAAGAAAAAGAAAGAUUGGAGGUUGAACAAGAUAUAUAUUGGAGGGAAUAUACGAGAUACCGUAAAGAUUUGAUGACAACAGAAGAUCAGAUGAAAUUUUAUGAAUGUCAACUUUCAUAUACACAAGCUCAAUUAGAAAAGCUGAAGAAAACUAAUAUAUUUAAAGCAACUUUUCAUAUAUCUGAUUCUGGACAAUUUGGUAUAAUAAAUAACUUUAGGCUCGGUAGAUUACCAACUGCACCAGUUGAUUGGUCAGAGAUUAAUGCAGCUUGGGGUCAAACCGUUUUAUUACUAUCGUCUCUCGCUCGGAAAAUUAGCUUUUGUUUUCAAAGAUACAGAUUAGUACCAUAUGGUAACCAUUCUUAUAUAGAAGUGUUAGAAGAUCAGAAAGUGCUUCCAUUAUAUGGGUCAGGUGGAUUCCGCUUUCUUUGGGAUACGAAAUUUGAUGCAGCUAUGGUGGCAUUUCUAGACUGUUUACAGCAGUUUAAGGAGCAAGUUGAGAAGGGUAACACGGGGUUUUGUUUGCCAUACCGGAUUGAUAAGGGAAAAAUAGAAGACACAGCAUCUCCACCUCACGCUUAUUCUAUUAAAAUUCAGUUUAAUUCAGAGGAACAUUGGACGAAAGCUCUUAAAUAUAUGUUGACGAACCUAAAAUGGGCUCUCACAUGGAUUUCUUCACAGUUUAGCGAAGACAAAGCUAGCCCGAAUGCUGAAUAUGAUGACCCAGAAACACGAAGAAGUUUAAGAUGUUUUGAAAGUUGUGCUGAGCCUUACUGCAAAAGCGAAUGCGAAGGUGAUAAAGGCAAAUCUAACUGCCAUGCCUCAAAUUGUCUUGCAUCGUGCGAUGGAGAUCAUUGUGCAUCACGGUGCCACGGAUCAGUUUGUAAGGCGCAGGUUGAAGGAAAUAGUGGUUAUGCUAAGUGCGAUGGAGAUUAUUGUGUAUCACGGUGCCAAGGAUCACUCUGUAAGGCGCAGGUUGAAGGAAAUAGCAGUUAUGCUAAGUGUUCAGGUUCUGCGUGCGAAGCUCAGUGCAUUGGGGAAAGCUGCAGAGCGAAGUGUUUUGGCUCAGGCUGCAAAACUUUGUGCAAUGGUGAGGACUGUAAUGGUCAGUCUCCAACAACGAAUGCUACAUCAAAACCCGAUGUUAAGCCUGAUCAACCCACGAAUUCUAAUACUACAGAAAAACCUGAUGUAAAACCUAAUCAACCUUCAAAAACUAAUUCAAUAUCAAAACCUGAUGUAAAGCCUAAUGAACCUUCAAAAACUAAUUCAACAUCAAAACCUGAUGUAAAGCCUAAUGAAUCUUCAAAAACUAAUUCAACAUCAAAACCGGAUGUAAAGCCUAAUGAACCUUCAAAAACUAAUUCAACAUCAAAACCUGAUGUAAAGCCUAAUCAACCUUCAAAACGGGAUGAAAAGCCUAAUAGACCUUCAAAAUCGAGUUCAAUAUCAAAAUCUGAUAUAAUAAUGCCUAAUCAACUUUCAAAGCCGGAUGAAAAUCCUAAUCGACCUUCAAAUACAGAUUCAAUAUCAAAACCUGAUGUAAAACCUUUUCAACUUUCAAAACCUGAUAAAAAAUCUAAUCAACCUUUUAUAACCUACCUACCUAGUAUUUUUGAAUAU